AAUAAAGCUCACCGGAAGUGUCGUUGGUUCAGUGUGCAGCUCUCGGGCUGGCGGCGGGACGGUGCUGUUAGCUGACGCGGUUUCUUCUCGGUGUCUAUAAGCUGCGGGGCUGCAGUCCAAUGGGAGACAGCGAUGACGAGUUCGACAGGAGGAGGCGGGACAAGUUCAGGAGAGAGAGGAGCGACAUGGAGCGGUCGAGAGAGAGGGAGGAGAGGCGGAGGGACGACUGGCCCGACAGGGAGUGGGACCGCGGAAGAGAGAGGAGGCGGGACUACGAUCGUGGUCGUAGAGAGAGAUUUUCUCCUCCCAGACACAUCAGCCCUCAGCACAAGCGCAUGAGGAGAGACUGGGACGACCACCGGGGCGAGCCGUACCGCUACGACAUGCCGUAUGGAGGAGGCGGGGGUCCGUUUCCGGGUGCGGGACCUCAGGGCUGGCACCCCGACAUGCCCCACCUUCACCCACACCAUGCAGGGCACCCGCUGCAGGGCAGGUUGGGGAUGAUGGAUCCAGAUCUCCCUCCUCCUGGUCCUCCCACCAUGCGGAGCUUCAAGGAGUUCCUGUUGAACAUGGAGGACAGCGUCGACGAGACGGAGUCGGUGAAGCGCUACAACCAGUACAAACUGGACUUCAGGCGACAGCAGCUGCAGGACUUCUUCCUCCAACACAAAGACCAGGAGUGGUUUCGCUCCAAGUACCAUCCCGAUGACAUCACGGCGAGGAAGGCGGAGUCUCUGGCCGCCCUCAAGACCCGGCUGGGCGUCUUCCUCUUCCUGCUGGACAACAACUGGCUGGACAACGUGUCGCUGGACAUGGAGCACGCCCCCGCCAUCAUCAAACUGCUGGACGCAGCCGUAAUAAAGAUGGAGGGAGGUACGGACCUGGACCUGCAGGUCCUGGAGGUGCCGGCUGCUCCUGCAGCAGCUGGAGGGGAUGCCAGCAGCAGCGGCGCCGGCGGUGCGGUGGCAGGUGGAGGUGGCGGGGAGAAGAGUCAGGGAGAUCCCAGCAGAGGAAACGGUCAGACCGGCUCGCCGUCGACGAGCAGUCGGACAGAGGCGACGACCAGCGGAGAGGCGGGCGAGAUAAAAGACUCCGAUAAGGACUGCGAAGAAGAAGCCAAGCAGAACGGAGAGGAGAAAGACGAGGAAGAGGAGGAGGAGGAGGGGGAGGAGAAGAAGGAUGAAGAGGAGGAGGAGGAAGAGAAGACGGCUAAGAAAGGCAGGAAGAGGAAACGCAGCGUGUCUGCUGACAGCGGCGAGGGCAGCGCCUCAGACUCUGACUCCUCCCACUCUGAUGGGGAGAAGGAGGAAGACGAGGAGAAGGACGAAGAGGAGGAGGACGGACAGGACGAGCGGCGUAAAGAGCGAGGGAAGGAGCGAGAGAAGGAGACACCAGCGAAGCCCCGCCCCCUCCACCUCACCACCUCAUUGUUCAUCCGAAGCAUCCCGCCAGAGGUGUCCAAGGAGGAGAUCACUGCUUUGUGUCGCAGGUACACGGGCUUCCUGCGGGUGGCGCUGUCUGACCCUCAGCCUGAGAGGAGGUUCUUCAGGCGGUGCUGGGUGACGUUUGACCGCAGUGUGAACAUCAAGGAGACGUGCUGGAACCUGCAGAACAUCAGGCUCAGGGACUGUGAACUGUCUCCGGUGGUCAACAGAGACCUGUGUCGACGCGUUCGCACCGUGAACGGCCUGACGCACCACAAACCGGUGGUGAGGAACGACAUCCGGCUGUCGGCCCGACUCGUGCACAGUCUGGACCAGAAGGGGGAGCUGUGGGCCGGACAGAUGGAGACCAACCCGGUUCUGAAGAACAUCACAGACUACCUGAUAGAGGAGGUGAGCGCCGAGGAGGAGGAGCUCACAGGGGCCUCGGGGGGCAACGGUGAUGACGCAGGGGAUGGCAAGGACCCCUCCUCCUCUGAGGUUACCGUGGAGACGGACGAGAAGCUGCUGAAGGUGCUGGACAGGCUGCUGCUCUACCUGCGUCUGGUUCACUCUGUAGAUUAUUACAACUUCUGUGAAUAUCCCGCGGAGGACGAGAUGCCUCAUCGCUGUGGGCUGAUCCACGUACGAGGACCCCUGCCUGUAGCCAAGAUCACUGCGGCCGAGGUGAGCGAGCAUCAGAGGAUGUGUGAGGAGCGUCUGGCUCCUCUGCUUUCUGCUGCUGAGACUCUGACUGAAGAAGAAGCUGCCAGGCUGGGCAAGAAGGAGCCGGAGCAGGAGGUGGAGAAGUUCCUGUCAGCCAACACUCAGGAGCUCAGUAAAGACAAGUGGCUCUGUCCUCUGAGCGGUAAAAAGUUUAAGGCUCCAGAGUUUGUCCGUAAACACAUCCUGAACAAACACGGAGACAAGGUGUCCGCCGUCAGACAGGAGGUCGUGUUCUUCAACAACUUCCUGCUGGACGCCAAGAGGCCCGCGCUACCUGAGAACAAGCCCCUCCCACCACCCGCACAAGCCACUCCCCCUGGUAUGCCAGGAUUUCCUGGUCAGUCACCGCAGCAGCAAAGCCUUCUGGGAUAUCCACCUGGAGUCAGACCGCCUAUGCCCGGCUUUCCAGGCGGCGGACCUCCCUACCCCCCCAACCAGUUUGGGGCGGGGCGUGGUAACUACGACAACUUCAGAGGGCAUUUAGGAGGAGGCGGCGGCGGCGGAGGAGGAGGAGGGGGGUUUCCUGGGAAACAACGAAACAACAGGGGCAUGCGAGGCGACCCGCGGUCCAUCAUCGAGUAUAGAGACCUGGACGCCCCUGACGACCUCGACUUCUUUUAAACACAACGAAGCGAAACCACACAGGAUGUUUUUUUUUAAACCUUUUUUAUUCCUACAUUUCCCAUGAUUCUUUUCACCGUCCCUCCGUCAUUUGUUAAUGUCUUUAAUUUUUUUAGUGAGGUGUGUGUGUCUGUGUCCAUCGGCAGGACCAACGUUGCUUAAAGUCAUUAGUGAAGUUGAACUGAUUCCACUUUCCAAUAAAGAUUCAGCGACACUGACGA